AUGGAGGGAACCGGCCCUGGGACCGCUGACCUGGAGAGCGACGCUGCUCAGGCUGGGCGCCCGCCCGCCGCCCCGUCCAAAGACAUUCCUAAGAGUGUCCCGGGGGCCAUAUUUUCUUCCUCACCAAUUCUAGACUUGAGUCAAAGGGGUCUUCAACAUUUAGGAGACAUCCUUAAAAUCCCCACCCUUAAACAAUUGCAUCUUCAGAGAAAUGAGCUCUGCACAAUCCCGCGAGACUUCUUUCAGCUGCUGCCCAACCUCACCUGGCUGGACCUGCGGCACAACAGGAUUCAGGUGCUUCCGUCCGGGAUUGGCUCUCACAGGUAUUUGAAAACUUUGCUUUUAGAAAGAAAUCCUAUCAAAAUGUUACCUGUGCAGCUGGGGAACGUGACGACGCUGAGAGCACUGAACCUGAGGCACUGCCCUCUGGAGUUCCCGCCUCAGGUCAUUGUGCAGAAGGGCCCGGCCGCCAUCCUGAGAUUCCUGCAAGGCUCUGCAGCCAAGCUUUCCUACCGCCGAGACCCGGCAGCUUCUCAAGCGAUGCACCUAAGUCAGCUGCCAUAUCCCGUGCUGGCCUUACCCGAAGAAUGUGCACCCAACGGAGGCACCAUUAAUUCUCAGGGACCAAAGGGGACCAGGUUAAAAGAAAUGGAGGGCCCGUUCCCACCUGUUGAGAGACUGGACCUGAGUGAGCUCAGGAAAUCUGCCGAUUCCUGUGAAGACUGGCCGAGUGAGGAGGAGAUCAGGCGCUUCUGGAAGCUGCGGCAGGAGAUCGUGGAGAAGGAACAGGCUGAGGUUCUGCAAAACCAGCUCCUCGCCAUGGAGCUGCCUCCAAACCUCCGGGCCGUGCUGCGCACCCGGGAUGAAGCCCGCCCCAACCCCAGACACGCCCCCAGAAGGAAGAUACCCUCCUUCAAGGGUGCCCUGCCUGGCCUGGCGUUAGCGCACCCGGCGGGCACAGGGACAGCGACAGAAGCAGAGCAGCUGGAGGAGAGGCGGGCCGCGGCCUUCAGGGAGCUGCGGGAGAAGCAGGCGCUGAUGGAGCAGCGCCGGAGAGACAGAAGGGCCCUGCUGGAGUGGCGGGAGCAAGCCCAGACGCUGAGGAAGAGGAAGAGGGAACUCGGCAAACUCCGGCCUCCACGACGGACGCUGGAGGCCCCCAAGCCCCCCUUUGCCACAGAUCUUAUCGACGAUGAGAAAACGCCAGUGGCUCCACCAGGGAAAGGGGCGCAGCUCAAAGAGAAGUCUCCACACGCCAGUGACGAGCCCAGGCCCUUCCAGGAGCGGGGCCUGGAGGGGAGGCUGCAGCAGCACGGCCGGCAAAUGCAGGAGCGGCGGAAAAUGUUUCAGGGGGUGGCACCGUUCAAGGAGAUGAGGAAGGCCACCGAGAACCUGGAGGUGGCCAGAAAGCUGCUGGACGGAGUCAUGAAACUGAGCAAGAGCCACGGGGGCCCAGCCCUCCCUGGGAGCCAUCCGCUGUGCCUGCCGGCAUUACAGCCUCAGAAUACGUUUUCCAACACGAAACACUAAGCAUCUGAAAGUGACUACAAAUACUAAUGACAGCGUCUUAUGUGCGACGACGGGAACGCCUCCAGCCGGAGUGGGCUCGGCGGGGCUGUCUUCCUCCGUGCCCUCGCACGCUGGAGUCUCAGGUUCAGCAUCUCCCUCGACUCGCUGUGCAAGCAGCCUAUUGUUUUUGAUCUGCGUUGCUUUUUCUGAGGCCGUGAAAGGUUUCAGCUGCAUUAAAAGGAAGAGAAUACUGUAAA